CCCAUUUCUCGCUUCUUCUCCCUCUCUUAAAAUCGCUCUCUGUCAGCACGUUUCCAGCAGAAAAUUCUCUCUCUGAUCUGUCCCUUUUAGGAUUUGGAAGGAGCAGAUCUUCCGUUUUCAAUCGAAAUUAGGUUUUUGAGGGAUGGCUAACAUCGACAUCGAGGGGAUCUUGAAGGAGCUGCCGAACGAUGGCCGGAUCCCGAAGACGAAGAUCGUCUGCACGAUCGGCCCGGCAUCUCGAUCGGUCCCGAUGCUCGAGAAGCUCCUGAAGGCGGGGAUGAACGUUGCCAGAUUCAAUUUCUCGCAUGGGACCCACGAGUACCAUCAGGAGACGUUGAAUAAUCUUAAGAUCGCGAUGCAGAACGCCCAGAUCCUGUCCGCUGUCAUGCUCGAUACCAAGGGACCUGAGAUCCGCACUGGCUUCCUCAAGGAUGGAAAGCCAGUCCAACUAAAGGAGGGUCAGGAAAUUAUAGUAACCACUGAUUACAACAUCAAGGGUGACGAGAAAAUGAUUUCUAUGAGCUACAAGAAACUUCCCAUAGACUUGAAGCCUGGAAAUACCAUAUUGUGUGCAGAUGGCACAAUCACACUCUCUGUUUUAUCUUGUGACCCUGAAGGUGGAACUGUGAAAUGCCGUUGCCAGAACACUGCUGUCAUUGGGGAGAGAAAGAAUGUUAACCUUCCUGGUGUUGUGGUGGAUCUCCCUACUCUAACAGAGAAGGAUAAGGAGGACAUUUUGCUAUGGGGCGUGCCCAACAACAUUGAUAUGAUUGCUCUGUCAUUCGUGCGCAAGGGCUCAGAUCUUGUUAAUGUGCGGAAGGUUCUUGGACCACAUGCAAAACACAUCCAGUUGAUGUCAAAGGUUGAGAACCAGGAGGGUGUGAUCAACUUUGAUGAUAUCCUACGAGAGACGGAUUCUUUUAUGGUUGCUCGAGGAGAUCUUGGUAUGGAGAUCCCUGUUGAGAAAAUCUUCCUCGCUCAAAAGAUGAUGAUCUACAAAUGCAACCUUGUGGGCAAGCCCGUUGUCACCGCUACCCAGAUGCUCGAGUCCAUGAUCAAGUCCCCCCGUCCAACGCGUGCUGAGGCCACUGAUGUUGCCAAUGCCGUCCUUGAUGGCACUGACUGCGUCAUGCUCAGUGGUGAAAGUGCAGCUGGGGCCUACCCCGAGCUGGCUGUCAAGAUCAUGGCCCGCAUCUGCAUCGAGGCAGAGUCCUCCCUCGACUAUGGUGCCAUCUUCAAGGAGAGGAUACGUUCAACGCCUCUGCCCAUGAGCCCAUUGGAGAGCCUUGCCUCCUCAGCUGUUCGUACGGCCAACAAGGCCAGGGCAACACUGAUUGUUGUGCUGACCCGUGGCGGCACUACAGCUAAGCUAGUUGCAAAGUACCGGCCAGCUGUGCCGAUCCUCUCGGUCGUGGUCCCGGUCCUGACAACGGACUCUUUUGACUGGAAAUGCAGUGAUGAGACACCAGCGAGGCACAGCCUGAUUUACCGAGGCUUGAUCCCGCUACUGGCAGAAGGUUCUGCCAAGGCCACGGAUGCAGAGUCGACAGAGGUGAUCCUGGAAGCUGCCCUCAAGUCAGCCAUGGAGAGGGGUCUGUGCAAGCUGGGCGAUGCAAUCGUGGCACUGCACCGCAUUGGCGCAGCUUCCGUCAUAAAGAUCUGCCUGGUGAAAUGAACGAGGGGGUGAGCUGCAUCAGGCUAUAUCAUCUAUAUGCAUUCUUUUCCUCGUUUUCUUCGCUCCUCUAACGUGAACUUUAUCAAUGCCGUGUUUUAAGGAUUUCCAUCGACGCUCAGAGUCGUCUUUGUAGCCUUUGCCUGAGUUGGUCAUGUCUUGUUAGUAUUUUGGUUAUGUAUCGGAGACUUGCAAUGGAAGAGAGCUUCCUUUCUUUA